AUGUCGCUUUCUGGGUCACAAGAAGAAGGGGAGGAGAGUGGAUGUGUGUCCGCUCUUCUCCUUCCCCUCCAGAAACCAGCACCCGCCAUGGAGCUCUCGGGCCCGCAGAUGGGCAAGCAGAGCCUGCUGUCCCGCUAUGUAAAAGAAGUCCAGUACAAGGAUCAGAACGGCAAGGUCAUGAUUUUUAAUGAUAAAGGAGAACUGCCCAGCCCAAUGGAUAUUAUUAAUUGGAUUACAAGAAUUAAAGAUAGAAAUAUCACUGAUUGGAUGAUUGUGGGUCACUUUGAUGGGUCCCUUUCAGAGGGUCAGCAACUUACACUAGAACCAGAGCGAAUAUCAUGGAAAGGAGACAAGGUCCCAAGAGGUCAAUGCUCCGAGGAAUGUCUUCCGGGGUUCAGAAAAUCUGUAAGAGAAGGAUAUCACCCAUGUUGUUAUAAUUGUGCUCCGUGUUCAGAUGGAGAAAUAUCAAACCAACCUGGUAAGCUUUAUGUUUCUAUUAGUAUAAAUUCUGAUAUUGAAUUAGAAAAUGAAAACAUUUAAAGUCCUU